AGUUUUAUCCUUUUAGCAAGUGUGCACUUACUUGUGAUGCCGCUUUUAAUGAUGUGUAUGGAAACUGGUCCUCUUAAAUGGUGCUACAAGAAAUACAAGCUUCCUGUUAUGAAGGUCAUAACACAGAUACUAGGAUACUUCGCUCUACUGGUGUUAUACGCUUACAUGUUACUCUUCAACUUGAAUAAAGAGCUCUCAUACAUGGAUAUGUUUAUAGCAGGAUGGAUGAGCAGUUUUUUCCUUAAUGAAAUCAAACAGGCGUUUGUUUCUACUUUAAGAAAGAGAUUUAAAAACUAUUUGAAAGAUUCGUGGAAUCAGUUAGAUUGGGCCUUGAUGGUAGUAUACGCAGCUGCAAUGAUUUUAAAAUUUGGAGACGAUCAAACAUAUCAAGACGCAUCCCAAAUAUUACUAGUUGUAACUUUCAUUCUACUAAGCAUUCGUAUAUUACACAUGUUUAGUAUGUCUCAAUUUCUCGGACCGAAACUUGUCAUCAUUCAUAAAAUGUUCAAAGAUACGUUUAUUUUCAUGAUUAUCCUGACAGUAAUAAUGUUGAGCUACAAUGUGUCAUUUCAUUCUCUGCACUAUCCUAACUCGGAACUAAGUUGGAAAGAGAUAGAGAAAAUAAUGCAGAAUGGUUAUUGGAUGCUUUUUGGAGAACUAAAUCUGGACAGAGAUACACUUAGGGAACCUGAAUGUACAUUCAACAAAACCAUUUACAAUAGUGAUGCAGUACCCAGAUGUCCUACAACAUUGGAAUUACAUGUUGUGCCUUAUUUGAAAGCAAUAUAUGGAUUGAUUGCAGUCAUUUUAUUGUUAAAUCUUCUAAUAGCUAUCUACAGUGAUACAUUUGAAAAAGUGCAACAGGAAUCUGAGUUUCACUGGUCUCAACUUCGUAAUGGUUUCCUAGAAGAAUUCAGUGUUAAGACAAUAUUUCCCAUCCAUUUACAGCUUCUUGAAUUACCUUUUUGUCUUGUUCACUUCAUUAUUUGGUAUGCUGGUUUUUGUGACAAAAGGAAAACAUCCAACAAAGUUCAUCAUGGUAGUAUCAACCAAAGACCAAGUCCUGUAGACAGGGAAACGUUGAAUGGGAAACCAAUGUUUGUUCGAGUAUUUUUGUACAACACAAACUAUGACCUGAAACUUCAAUCAACAAAAGACGAGGAGGGAAUAGGAACUUCAAAGUCAAAAGGGACACUUGAGGUAAUGGAAGAGGAUACAGUCACGAUACUUCAAAAGCAAAUGGAAAUUCAGAACAGUAAGCUUGAAAAGCAGCACGACGAGGUAACAGCUCAUCUUAAUUUAAUAUCAAAGAAGAUUUUGGAAGAGCUAAAGAACAUAAAAAGAUAUAUGGUGAAGCCAAAAAAAUUCAAAGAUUUCUAG